UGCUGAGACUGAGCUCCUGUGCGCGCGAGCUCUGGUAGCAGCUCAACCUCCUCCUCAUCCUGCAAAGAUGUCGCAUGAGCUUCUCCUCACACGUUUCUUUUCUUUCCCUUUUCUCCCACUGCCCUUCACAAUUCGCCGAAUUUGGUUAAAUUAGCUGCUUUCACAGCGGGGAGUAGCUAUCCUCGUCCAGGCACACGGACGCCCCCUCCCCACAACGGAGGUGUUUAAACCCUCAACCGGCGCAUCCUCUCUCUCUCUCUCUCUCUCUCUCUCUCCAACCGCCGCAGAACUCCGCCGACCAACCGUAAGGUGACCGCGCGGAGCGGAAUAUUCACCCGCACGGCCGUCGACUUUCAUCCCUUCACUCCUUCGGACUCCAGGCAACGGGAGCUGCCGCAUUCCCUGUCCCCCCGUGUCCUCUCAUCCGGUUUGGGACAUUCUCCGCUCCACGCACACGCAGAUUAACGGGGAUUCUGCCUCCCCACCCGCGCGCUGAUGCUGAUGUCCUUGAGCUCGGCCUGGACGGUCCUGGUGUAGCUACCUCUGAACUGCCUCCACAUCCUGUCUCUUAUUUAUCAGCCGCCUUUGCCUUGAUCGCCCCUCUCUCCAUCCAUUCAUCAUCCCUUCAUCCCCAUCAGUAAGCCCAACAGCUGGUCCACCUGACCGUACCUGCAUCUGUCCAUGGACUGGCCGUGACUCUGGAGGGAGGGGGACAGAAACAAGGAAAGAGUGGAGUCGCAGAGGAGACUACGGAAGAGAAAGCUGGAUUCAUUCAGAUGUCACGCUUCUGAAGUGGCCCUGCUCGCUGUCCUUCAUCCCCCUCAUCCUCCUCUUCAGCCUUCUUCAGUUAUGGAGAUUUAAAGGAGCAGUGAGAGAUUAGGCCAAGACAUUAAAGUGAAAAAAAUACAUAUUACCCUGAUAUAAAAUCAUUUUUGAAUAAAACAUUUAGUCAGAAACAGGAUUGUUGAGCACAUGAACAACCCUCCAGAAUCCAAACCAAAGGGGGCCUGAGUAGACAACGGAGAGAAAGGAAAUCACACACACACAAAACCUUUUACUGACAUGUCAACAACAGCCACAAUGGGUGAAAUGGCAAACAGCGCUGUGGAGUUUUACCCCAAAGGGACACGAGGUGGAGGAGGAGGAGGAGGAAGGGCAGAUGGCAGCCAUGCAGGGGGAGACUUUGGGGUCACAGUGCAGGAGCUCAGGGAGCUGAUGGAGCUCCGAGGGGCUGAUGCCCUACAGAAGAUACAGGACAGCUAUGGAGACACAGAGGGUCUCUGCCGGCGACUACAGUCCAAUACCACUGAUGGUCUCAGUGGGGAGCCGGCAGACCUGGAACGUCGGUGCCAAACCUUCGGCCAAAACUUCAUUCCCCCCAAAAAGGCCAAGACGUUCCUGGAACUUGUGUGGGAGGCCUUACAGGAUGUCACACUUAUCAUUUUGGAGGCCGCUGCCAUCAUCUCCCUUGGCCUCUCCUUCUACCAGCCUCCUGGAAAAGAAACUGAAUCAUGCGGGAAUGUGUCGGCGGGUGCAGAGGAUGAAGGCGAGGCAGAUGCUGGCUGGAUUGAGGGCGCUGCCAUCCUGCUUUCUGUUGUGUGUGUUGUCUUGGUGACAGCGUUUAACGACUGGUCCAAAGAGAAGCAGUUCCGGGGUCUACAGAGUCGAAUUGAGCAAGAGCAGAAGUUCACUGUUGUGCGAAAAGGAAAUGUCAUCCAGAUCCCUGUGGCUGACAUGGUGGUGGGGGACAUGGCUCAGGUCAAAUAUGGUGACCUACUGCCAGCUGAUGGUAUCUUGGUCCAAGGAAAUGAUCUGAAGAUAGAUGAGAGCUCUCUUACCGGAGAGUCUGACCAUGUACGCAAAUCUGUGGAUAAGGACCCCAUGCUGCUCUCAGGUACCCAUGUGAUGGAGGGCUCGGGGAGGAUGCUGGUGACAGCUGUUGGUGUCAACUCACAGACAGGCAUCAUCUUCACUCUCCUGGGAGCUGGAGAUGUGGAGGAAGAUGGGAAAGAGAAGAAAGAGGAGAGUACUGAGUUGCUCAUCACUACAGAUGCCAGUUACAGCACAGUCACCAAUGGAAAGCAACCUGAUGGUGCAGUGGAGAACAAUCAGAACAAAGCCAAAAAACAGGAUGGGGGAGUUGCCAUGGAGAUGCAACCUCUGAAGAGUGCAGAAGGAGGAGAGGUAGAGGACAGAGAGAAGAAGAAGACCAAUGUUCCAAAGAAAGAGAAGAGUGUGUUGCAGGGAAAGCUCACAAAACUGGCUGUUCAGAUUGGCAAAGCAGGUUUGGUGAUGUCAGCCAUCACUGUCAUCAUUUUGGUGCUGUUCUUUGUCAUCAACACAUUUGUCGUUGAAGGUCGCUCAUGGUUGCCAGAGUGCACUCCAGUCUACAUCCAGUACUUUGUCAAGUUCUUCAUUAUUGGAGUCACUGUGCUGGUUGUUGCUGUCCCAGAAGGCUUACCUCUCGCUGUCACAAUCUCUCUGGCUUACUCUGUCAAGAAAAUGAUGAAAGACAACAACCUUGUACGGCACCUUGAUGCAUGUGAGACCAUGGGUAAUGCUACGGCCAUCUGCUCUGACAAGACAGGCACCCUCACCACGAACCGCAUGACUGUAGUGCAGGCUUACAUCGGUGAUGUGCACCACCGUGUGAUCCCAGAACCUGGACAAAUCAACCCCCGGACACUGAAUCUGUUAGUCAAUGCUAUCGCAAUCAACAGCGCCUACACCUCCAAGAUCUUACCACCUGAUGUGGAAGGGGGUUUGGCAAAGCAGGUGGGCAACAAGACAGAGUGUGGCCUGCUGGGAUUUGUAUUAGACCUACAACAGGACUAUGCCCCCAUCAGAGAGCAGAUCCCUGAGGAGCGACUGUACAAGGUGUAUACAUUCAACUCAGUGCGUAAAUCCAUGAGCACGGUGAUCAAGCUGCCUGAUGGUUCCUUCCGGCUUUACAGCAAAGGAGCAUCUGAAAUCAUGUUAAAGAAGUGUUCCUACAUUCUCGAUGCCAAUGGAGAAUCUCACAGUUUCCGCCCACGUGACAGAGAUGAGAUGGUAAAACAGGUGAUUGAGCCCAUGGCAUGUGAGGGGUUGAGGACCAUAUGCAUUGCAUACCGUGACCUUCCAUCCAAUCCGGAACCAGAAUGGGACAACGAGGCAGAGAUAGUAACGGAGUUGACCUGCAUCACUGUAGUUGGGAUAGAGGAUCCUGUACGGCCUGAGGUGCCCGAGGCCAUCCGUAAGUGUCAGCGUGCAGGCAUUACAGUCCGGAUGGUGACUGGCGAUAACAUUAACACAGCCAGGGCCAUUGCUGCUAAAUGUGGCAUCAUCCACCCCGGAGAUGACUUCAUCUGUCUAGAGGGCAAAGACUUUAACCGACGAAUCAGGAACGAGAAAGGAGAGAUUGAACAGGAGCGUAUCGAUAAAAUCUGGCCCAAACUGCGCGUGCUGGCUCGGUCCUCACCAACUGAUAAACACACUUUGGUUAAAGGCAUCAUUGAUAGCAGCGUUGUAGAACAGAGGCAGGUUGUUGCAGUAACAGGAGACGGAACUAAUGACGGACCAGCUUUGAAGAAGGCUGAUGUGGGCUUUGCCAUGGGUAUCGCAGGGACGGACGUGGCUAAAGAGGCAUCUGACAUUAUCCUGACUGAUGACAACUUCAGCAGCAUUGUCAAGGCGGUGAUGUGGGGAAGAAACGUCUACGAUAGCAUCUCCAAGUUUCUGCAGUUCCAGCUCACAGUCAACGUAGUGGCUGUCAUCGUGGCCUUCACCGGGGCCUGUAUCACCCAGGACUCUCCCCUGAAGGCGGUGCAGAUGCUGUGGGUGAAUCUGAUCAUGGACACGUUUGCUUCUCUGGCCCUUGCUACCGAACCCCCCACUGAGGCCCUGUUGCUACGAAAGCCUUAUGGCCGGAACAACCCGCUCAUUUCACUGACCAUGAUGAAGAACAUCCUGGGCCAUGGAGUGUACCAGCUGGUCAUCAUCUUUACCCUGCUGUUCAUAGGCGAACGAAUGUUCAACAUUGACAGUGGUCGUAAUGCUCCGCUUCACUCCCCGCCCUCUGAGCACUACACCAUUAUCUUCAACACCUUUGUCCUCAUGCAGCUUUUCAACGAGAUCAAUGCUCGCAAAAUCCAUGGAGAGAGAAAUGUUUUUGAUGGCAUUUUUUCUAACCCAAUCUUCUGCUCCAUUGUUUUGGGAACUUUUGCAGUGCAGAUUGUGAUUGUGCAGUUUGGAGGGAAACCCUUCAGCUGUGCUCCUCUCAACAUCGAGCAGUGGCUUUGGUGUCUGUUUGUGGGAGUUGGAGAGCUGCUCUGGGGGCAGGUGAUCGCUACAGUUCCUGCAGAGCGACUGCCGUGUUUGAAGGAGGCGGGGCUGGGACUAGAACCAGGGGAGGAGGAAGGGGAGGAGCUGGCAGAGGAUGAGGAGGAGAUCGACUGUGCAGAAAGAGAGCUGCGCCGUGGACAGAUCCUCUGGUUCAGAGGCCUCAACCGUAUCCAGACCCAGAUGGAGGUAGUGAGCACGUUCAAGCGAAGCGGUUCGUUUCAGGGAGCGGUGAGACGGCGCUCCUCUGUGCUCAGUCAGCUCCACGACAUGCGAGUGGUGAAAGCAUUCCGUAGUUCACUGUACGAGGGCCGGGAGAAACCGGAAUCCCGCAACUCCAUCCACAACUUCAUGGUCCACCCAGAGUUCCUCAUCAAUGACCUCAUCCACAACAUCCCGCUGAUCGACGACACCGAUGUGGAUGAUGAAUCAGAACUCAGCAGAUACCAGCACCUGCACCCGGCCCUCCGCAAGCCGCCCCCGCCUCCCACCCAGCCCCAACUCCCGGCUCGCACCCAUCCCACCCGUCCCUACCGCCAGUACAGCCUCCCGGUGACCCCAUGCAACCGAAACAACAACAACAACAGCAGCAGCAGCAGCAGCAGCAUUGAUUCAAUGGUCGCCUACAGCAACCGAAACAGCACCAACGCAGUCAUCACCUAUAACCGAAGCCCCCGUCAUCACCACCACCACCUCCACCAUAAUCAUCAUGGCAGGGACAGGCCGGUGAAACCCUCAACCCCCUACCCGGCCCAUCUCUACUGUGUGGAGACCUCCUUAUAACUGAGCUGAACUUGGGUUUGGGAGGGGGAUGGAAAAAGGGGGGAUGAAGUUAGGGUGAGAACAAGAGAGGGCUGAGGACACACACAUGACAUUUUCAUCUAAUCACCCUUUCAACAAGCUCACAAGAGGGAGCAAAGGACAAGGAGGGAGUGGACAAUGGCCGGAGACUUCUGCUUACAACUCCCUGAGAACAUGUUGCCACUUUCCCUCCCUUUGCCCUUACUCCAGCCCUCUCAGUCUGACUCCCCACCUUCACCCCAGUCCCUCCCCUCCUUUACCCACAAAACCAUCCAACUCAGUCUGUCACCCCCUCCUUGUGGAACCCCACUCACCCUGCCCAGCUGCACACCGACUUCAUGCACGCUCUUGUCACACACACCUGCAAGUCUGCUUUGGCAGGGUCUGAGUGGGAGUGGGGGUUGGGGGUGGGGGGUGGUGGUGACAGACGUCCAGAAGAAAACCACACAUCCCUUAAUGCUUCAGCAGAACAAGGCCAUGCGGCUAUGGGGGCUGACUCACUCCAUUUCUAUUGGUGUUCAUCAUUAAUGUUGUUGUCACCCACUUUCCACCACCAUUUAUCUACCACCAUUUAUCUACCACCAUUUAUCUGGGUAGAUUCUGCAGCCGCUUCAAAGUCACUACUUUGCUUGUAAUAUACGUAAAAUGCUUUGUUAAAGCUUUAAAAAAGUCAUUUCCAUUUCCCAUUCAUUUAUUUCCCAACAUAAUGGUGCUCAUUUAUUUCGUUCUUAUGUAUCAUUUUAUUUCUUCUCAGAAACUUUUAGUUAUUUUUCUUUCAUCCCUCUUUCUCGUUCAUUGUGUGUACGUGUAUUGUCUUGUCUCUUCUGAAAAAAACAAACAAAAGCAUAACAAAAACAGGUUGCUGUUCAUUUAAAUACAAUGGCUGCGACAAUGUCUAAAAGAUCAGGGCAUUUAUAUCUAUGUAUCUGUCUAUAGAUACAUAGAUAUAAAUGUUUGGGAAGCAACAACACAGAACUCAUUCAUCACCUCACUUUGUCUUUGAAUGCUGCCCCAUUUGUCCACAUGACCUGUUAUCUGGAAUAUUGCUCUGAGAUGAACAGUGUAUGAGAUGUCAUGUUAAUUUGGAUAUAUACAUGUCUACGUACUGUGUAAACUUCAUUUCAAGCCUCCUGCCAUAUCCCCAGUAUGCAUGGGGAAUAUCUGCACCUGUCACCUUGGGCAACCUCCAUGGCUGACAUCCUCUUCCAGUCCCUUCAUUUCUGUUCCGUGUCCCAUCGUCUUCUCUCUUGCUGUUCCUCCUUUGCUCAUUUUGUCGCAUUACGUCUACGAGUUUGUCGGUGCGUGUGUGUGUGUCAGCUUUUUUCUUUUUGGAAAAAAAGCUGAAUGCUUGGGAAGCAUUAACCCUUUAAAUGCCAUCAAACACGCAAUGCACAGGCGAAGGCCCUUUAAGACUUAACGUGCACUCGGUUGGAAGCCCCUCCUGCUCACAUGAUCAGGUCGUCUCUGUUAUGUAACCAGCGCCCUCUGCGCAGACAAAAGGAUUGUGCCAUUUUAACCUGCUCAGUGUCUCAACCACUUGCCCACGUCUAAUGUCAGUGUUCACUUUUAGAUAUCAGGUACAACCAAGAAGAGCGUAUUGUAAACGUUAUUAUGUCCUUGCGCAUUCCCCUUCAUUACUAUGUACAGGUCAUCGAUUGGGAUACCUUUAAGGAUAUAAGGCUAUGUGUUUUAGCUAGUUAGCUCCAUUUAGCAUAAAGAGCUAGCCUACCUUAUUCAGAAACACCUGUAAAGCACUCCAAUUACCACAUGACAUCUCCCUUUUAAAUUUUUGAGUUAUGCAAUUUUAUUGCUUUUGUUUUGUUCCAGGGAAACAAGCAAAAUCUUAGUUAAAGUCUGACAGCUAUUCAUCACAAUAUCUAUGAAAACAUAUGACACACAGAUAAGGAUCUGUAAAUGCCAUCCUAAAUGCAGAUAUAGGGGUUAGGCCUAUACAUUGAUGGUUCUGUAACCUUUAAAAAACACAGGACACGGGCAGGUCAAAAUCUCUUCUCUCUUGGCUGUCAAGAGACAUCAGACUGCUACAAGAAAGAGCAGCAUUGUGGUGACAGUGGACUGUGCUGCAGGAGGAUGUUUUAGACAGCAAACAAGAGGAACUGCUGCUGCUACACCACAAAGCUCACAGUCCCAUAAUGGUCUCAUAGUUGUUGACACAUUAUUUCCAUUUAUUUCCACUUUAUGCUGUUUAUGCAGGUCCAAGUCUCAUUUAUUAAAUUAUUUUAAAAUUAAAACUGGAUGCAAUAAAGACUUCAGGGCUUAAAACAUCCCCAGCCAGACUCUGGACAGCAGGCCCAUGAAACAGAUAGUAAGUUUUCUUUGUGACACUAAUCUAGAUCUAUUGCAGUUUUUACAACAGAGCUUUCUGAAGGUUUGCUGUUGUGGUGCCUCAUCAUAUAAAAGGUGAAAGGGCAUGGAAUUUAAACUUACUGCAUUUCAUUCACUUUUCAACACACAUCCAGGAAAUAAGGCCAAAGCCUCUGGUAACAAACACAAGUAUCAACCAAGUCCUUUCCAGGUCAUAGCCCUUAAAAACAUAGCCAGCAACUACAUUACUGUACAUCUGUUCGCUCUUCAAUAUGUCAUACCAUGGUGUGAUGCAGUGCAGAAGGAGAUAUGACUCAACUCAAUUUCAGUGUAAAAAAAUAGAACAGCUCACUAGUGUUUAAAAAACCCCCAAACAAUUAACCACAAUUACCCAUAUAAAAAAACAUCUGGUUAGACAUUGCAAACAGUGAAGUAAAUGUAGGCUUGCUAAGCUGGAAACCAAUCAUCUUAACUUUGAGAAUCCCUAAGAGAAAUGGUUAGAAGUAGAAGGAUAAGUCAUGGUUUUAGGAAGGUUUGUGUGCAGAGUGAUUUAUGGGUCAGGCUAAGUACACUUCUGUAUUAAACCACAUCUAACCUGUGAGCUUUAUAUGUGCUGCUAGAAGAACUGAACUGUUUCUAGUCUUUAUGUCAAGCUAAGCUAAACUAAGCUAACUUCCUGCUGAACCCAUGCCUUUAUCUAACUCCCUACAAGAAACCCAGUCAGCCACUUUGCCAGACAUUAUGUCUAAGCUGCCAACCUAAAAGGCCAUAACACACUGCAUGAGCACACAGCCCACCGAAAACAACAAAAGAAGAGAAAAAAAAAAUCAGAUAUCCACCAUAGUGACGACACCAGUGACAUCACCUCCACCUUGACAUUCCAUGGAACAUACAUUCCAAACAUCACAUUCCAGAGCGGCUGUGAGAGCGCCCUCCUGUAUCCCAUAUUGUAUUAGGUGUGGGCGGACCGCUGACUUCAUGUUGCCUCAGAGUGUGACACCUCAAAGCAAUGCAAACUCCUGCUACCUCCCCUUUCUCCUUCCCUUCCUCUGCCCCUCCACCUCCCCCGCAGCUGACUUGUCCCACCGCCAGACUAAGGCAAGGGCAGACGAUAUGCAAAAGACUGCCAUGUCGACAAACGUACCCAACCGUAGGAUUAAAACCACAGCGAGAGAACGCAUCUGUCCUGCUAGUUCUGUUUCAGUAAGUGCGCGGGGCUUUCUGGGAACACCCUUACCUGUACAGAACUCUUGUCUUCUUGAAUGCUCAUCAUCAUCGUCACCACCUUAAACCGACCCGAGCUGGGUGGGGCAGGUGGUGACAUUGUAUUGGUCUGUCUGUUUUGAAGCAUGCAUUUGGUAUCAUUAAUGUCACUCUUUAUGUGUUGGUAAGUCAUUUAGGCUACUGAUCUCUCCACAUCUGCUCUCUUCCUCUCGCUCACUCUCUUUCUGUCUCUCACACACACAGACACACACGCACGCAUGCGCACAUCCUGCUCAAGUCUCCUCUAUUUCAGCACAGCUACAUCAGUGCUUUUUUCUGUAUGUAUGAAAACACGCACACACACACACCAGACUACAGGGCGAUAAUCUCAAGUGGUGUAAAUUUGAUUGUCCAGCCACCUCUGUCCAUCUGUCCAGCCAUGUUACAUCAUGAUGUUGUGAGCCAGAUUCACAAAAGACAAAAUAAUGUGAAGAAGAAUAUAUUUAUCAGAAUUAUUUAUCAAAAUUCUAAAUUGUACAACUGCACCACUGUACAGAUCGCCCAAAUGUGCACACGUGGAUCUUUGAUUUACAGGUACUAUGUUCCUGUUACACUUUUUUUUUUUAAAUGUUUCUUUCUUUUAUUUUAAUUGCUUUUUGUAAAGAGAGGAACAACAAAAUGGAAGCGCUUGUAUUAUAUUGUUAUUAUUAUGAUUAUUAUUCUUGAUUUUCUCCACCGGUGCUCCCACUGAUGGAAAGACAGUUGCACAUUCUCCUGAGCAUAUUCUGAGGGCUGUGUUUUCUGUCCAGUGAACAGCCCCUGAAGUGUGCAGAGGUGCAGAGAUGCUUACAGUCUCUUAAGACCAGAGACACCACUCUAUAAAUAGAGAACAGGAGAUACAAAUGUACCUCAUUAUAGUCUGAAAGACUGGACAAAGUGGGGACCCAGAGAGGACGGAGAAUCAGAAGGUGAUGCAGAGCUAGAGACUUCAGAAGUGCAGUGCUUCCAUGUGCUGUUUAGGCUGCUCUUUUAGAUCUGCCACCAGUAUUUACUGCCAUGUUACCACAGGAACGAAUGAAGGCUUUUACAUUAUUCAUUAUACAUACUAUUGUAAAUAUUAUGUGUGGAAUGGUCCCCCUUCUUGCACAAAGCAGUCCUGUUCUGCAGACAGAAAAUGCAGCCUUAACUGUGCUGAAAUUAAAAAAAGACCAAAAACAAAAAAAAAAAAACCAUGAAGACUAUUGAAUAUAUUAAAGAGUUACCUGCCUGUUAUUUAAGCGAAUAAAUAUCUAUAUAUGAGAAAGAACACACCUGUAUACUGUAGACUAAGUCUGUAUGGAAAUCUAAGAGAAUUUAAUGGGAAUUAAGUCCAACACCUUUUGUCUGUAUGAAAGAAAAAAAAAUACAUCAAAGUAUUCUACAAUAAUAACUUUGACAAAGUUUGUGUGGUCCUGUGUUGUUUUUUCACAACAAUGCAGGAAUGCCCUUCCAUUUUUAAACCUCUGCACAAGGUGAUGCGUCAUCCUGUCCCUCAAAGGUAACUAAAAAUCACCUGAUGAACAUCGAGGAUUUAUAUCUGUGUGGGUUUCUUCAUCAAUGAACCUGACGCUUCAGCUACUUUCUUCAAUAAACCUCUUGCGCAACAAACAUGGUGGCUUGUCAAACAGGUGGAGUGGAUAGUAUUAAAGUGGGCUUGUUAUGGUGUUUCUUA